AUGGCGAUGGCGAUGGCAAUGGCCUUUGCCUUCGCCUUCGCCUCCUCUCUCAAUCUCUCUAUUUUCUCGUCUAAUCAAACGAGGGAGUUGAGCCUAGGAAUGAAAGAAAUAAAAAGAGACCUAAAUGACGAUGUCCUUUAUCGAUUCUUGGACUAUUUUAGCAAAUUUGAUUGGGAGGACUAUUGUAUCAGUUUGAAUGGGCCAGUUCUCAAGUCAUCCUUGUCUGAUAUAGCAGUUGAGUUACCAGUGAAGGGACAGGAUGAUUUGAUGCUCAGUGAAGAAUUUCAAAGAAAUUGUCUAGACAUGUACUCAGUUCCAUCCAGGGGGCUUGAUACUAGCUUGCGAUCAUUUUCUCAAAAGCAUCUUAAUAUAAUUGAUCCGCUGAAAGAAAAUAACAACCUUGGGCGCAGUGUCAACAGAGGCAAUUUCUAUCGUAUACGUAGUGCUUUCAAAUAUGGGGCUCGCAAGCUUGGUAAAAUCCUUCUGUUACCAGGAGAAAGAAUUGCAGGUGAAAUCAAGAUGUUCUUUGCAAACACCCUGGAGAGGCAUGGAUGUAAAGAUGGUGCUGAUAUACAGAGUUCUGCACUGCCAUUUGGUGUGAAAUGGUCCAGCAAUUUGUCCUCAUCAUCCCAUGCUGAAACACUAUCUGAGGAUGAAAUGCAGCCAAAAUCAUCAAAUGACGAUUUUUCUGAUAAUAAUUUAGGGGUAGAACACAAAUGCACUUCAGUACUAAUAAAUGGGCUAGACAGAUGCUUGACUAGACUAGAUCGUUCACAGAUAAUGUCAGAAUCCAGUUGUUCGACAGAUGGGACUGCUGUCUCAGGAUGUCGCGGUGCUGGGGAUGCAAAUGGCCUUGCAACACCCAGGCCUCUGAGUUUGAGAAGCUCAAAUGACACAACUGACUGCUCACCAAUAAGUAGCAAUUUUAAUAGUUCUCUUUCUGGGCAAUUUUACGAUGCAUCUCAUUUCUACUUCUCCAGAGUGUCCACAGAAAAUGGAAACUUUGAAAAUGGGAUCCUCUGCCAGAAAAGGCCAUCAGAUUUCGUUGAUGAGAAGAUGGGUUAUCAUUCAUGGAUGGAACAGGGAGAGAACCAUUUAGAGGCCAGCCACACAGUCUGUUCAUGUGCAAACAAUCAUGAAGGUCUGAGCUCUAGUGGGUCGGCAAUCUCAAGUCUUGACAUUAACAGCUUAGAGAGUCUAUCUCUUGAUUUUAGGGAAAUGGGCUUAGGUGGCGACAUGGAAACUUUGAAUCCCUUAGCAGACCUCAGUGGGGAUCAUGAUAGUCACAUUAGGAGUCUUCUGUACGGUCAAAGUUGUCAUGGAUAUGCUUUAUCUGCUGCACCUGGGAUGCCCAGUCCUCCCACAUCGCCCUCUCAGUUCAGCAACAAGAGGCCUUUGGAUACUGUCCGACAAACCAGGCCACUCAAGCAGAAUUCAUGUUUGAGCACAGAUAGAGUGGCCUUGGGACCACCUGUUUAUCCUGCUAACAAAUCAACACUGUUCAAUGCUACUUUUGGUUCCAUUGAAAAACAUACAGAACGAGGAACUGGCACAUAUUUGCCCACUAUGAACUUAUUUUCAGGCAGGGAGAGAUCCUCACAAGGGAAGAGAAGAUAUCGUGCAACAGGAACUCACAGUCAAGUGCGGAGACACACCCAUAUCAAUGGUGUGGCUCCUGCUUUGCCCGAAAAGAAUUCAAUUCAAGUAGACAGUCAAGAUAUUUCAUGUGUCAGGUCCCCGGUUCAAGGUCAUGGGAAGUCUGGUUUAUCCCACCAGUCUCAUCAGUCCAAUGUGGGCAAUACUCAUGCCAAUGGCUUCUCCAAUUUAGCUUUGAGAAUUGAAUUUGGAUCUCUUGGACAGCUAGCCGAUGGAAACAGUCAGCUGUCUUCAGGCACUUCUCAAGCUUGGGCUUCUACAUCAAACCCUGUGGUACCAGAAGUGCAGACUUCCAAACCAGUGCUGAAAAAAAAAGAAGAAAG